AUGACAGUUCAAACUUCAAUCGAAAUUGUUGAGUUAAACAACAAAAACGAACCCACAAAAAAAGAACUAAAAUCUUUGGAACAUGUUUCCGAUAAAAUACCUGUCAACGUCUGGUUAAUCAUCCUAUGCGAAUUCGCAUAUGGAUUCGCAUAUUACGGUUUAAAUGGUCAAUUUCAGAACUAUAUUCAAUUUCCUGCUCCCGAUUAUAACAGUGCCGAACAUCAACCUGGCGCUCUUAACAAAGGUCAAAAAGUAGCGACAAGUCUAACAACAUUUUUUCGCNAAGAACUAAAAUCUUUGGAACAUGUUUCCGAUAAAAUACCUGUCAACGUCUGGUUAAUCAUCCUAUGCGAAUUCGCAUAUGGAUUCGCAUAUUACGGUUUAAAUGGUCAAUUUCAGAACUAUAUUCAAUUUCCUGCUCCCGAUUAUAACAGUGCCGAACAUCAACCUGGCGCUCUUAACAAAGGUCAAAAAGUAGCGACAAGUCUAACAACAUUUUUUCGCUUCUACUCAGCAUUGACCUCUAUGAUCGGUGCUAUUAUUGCCGACCAGUACUUAGGUAAAUACAAAACCAUGCUUAUAUCUUGUUUCAUAUAUAUGACUGGUUUAUUGGUCAUUUUGGUCACUUCAAUUCCUCAAUCGAUAUCUGUCGGACUCGGCUUACCUGGAUUGAUCAUUGCUAUGCUUCUGUUAGGACUGGGAACAGGUGGAAUCAAAUCAAAUAUAUCGUCGCUCAUGGCAGAACAAUAUACAUGCAAAAAACCAUUUACGAAAGAAACGAAAAGAAAAGGCUUGGUCAUUGUUAGUCCAUCAGUUACCAUUGAAUCGAUGUUUCAUUAUUUUUAUUUGGUAGUGAGUGUUGGUUCAUUAGCAUCAAUUCUGACAACAAUCAUUGAAAAAUAUCAUUCAUUCUGGCUGUCCUAUCUUAUUCCAUUGGUCAUAUUCGUCAUUGCCAUUAUCGUACUACUUGCCGGCCGUAAUAAAUAUGUGAAAGUUCCACCAACUGGCUCACUUCUGGUCAAGUCUUUCAAAGCCAUCCGAACAGCUUUUGUUCUUCGUCGGAAAUAUAACAAAGAAUUUCUGACGGUAUCAUCAGUAUUAGAUUACAGUAAAUCAUCGACAUACAAGUCAGCAAAAGAAGUUUUUGAUUGGGAUGACACAUUCAUCGAUAAUCUUAAACAAGCAUUUUACGCAAGUAAAAUCUUUAUAUUUUUUCCGCUGUACUCCCUAUGUACAAAUCAAAUUCAUAGCAAUUUAAUCUCACAAGCAGCACAAAUGAAUACAGGUCCAUUACCGAAUGAUGUUAUUAACAACAUUGAUCCACUUAUUACUAUUCUACUAGUGCCGAUAUUCAACAAAGUGUUCUAUCCUUUAUUAAGAAAACUAAAAAUUAAUUUCCAUAGUAUUUCACGCAUUACAGUUGGCUUCUACAUGGUUUCCUUCGGAAUGGCAUNUACAAAUCAAAUUCAUAGCAAUUUAAUCUCACAAGCAGCACAAAUGAAUACAGGUCCAUUACCGAAUGAUGUUAUUAACAACAUUGAUCCACUUAUUACUAUUCUACUAGUGCCGAUAUUCAACAAACUGUUCUAUCCGUUAUUAAGAAAACUAAAAAUUAAUUUCCACAGUAUUUCACGCAUUACAGUUGGCUUCUACAUGGUUUCCUUCGGAAUGGCAUGGACAGCUUUUGUACAAGCAAAAAUCUAUCAAACGAAUCCCAACUUUGAUUUUUCCAUUCAAUCAAACAAUCUAAGUGCUGCCUGGCAAAUUCCAUCAUAUUGUUUCUCUGCUCUAUCCCACAUAUUCGCUUCAAUAUCAGCUCUCGAAUAUGCUUAUGUGAAUGCGCCAUCGAAUAUGAAAUCAGUUGUGACAUCAGUCUAUUUCAUUACACAUGCCAUCAGUUCCGCGUUGGGAUUUGUUCUCCUACCAGUAACUGUCGAUCCGAAAUUGACGUGGAUGUAUACAGCACUCGCCUGUGUAGCGUUCAUUGCUGGAACUUUGUUUUUCUUAUGCUUCCGUCGAAGAUGUGUCUCUGUUCACGUAGAAACUGUUGACGUUCCCGAUUCCAUCGAAGAGCAAACUGAACAACGGAUCGCCUGUGCUCGUUCGAUCAGUAUAGUAGAAGAUUAA